AUGCGUGUUUUUUCAGGGUUUGCUACCAUAAUAUUAACGGUAACUUUUGCUCUACUAGCGAAAGCAGUACCAGAAAGCCCACCUGACGGAUUAUCAUGGGAAGAAUGGCACAUGAGAGAUGAGCACGGUAUAACAAAGUACACUCCUGAAGAAUUCUUUGACAUUCAUGAUUUAGGUAGCAAAGGAUAUUUGGAUGCCACCGACAUUAUUACCAUGUAUGGGCUACACAGAGACACCAUCGUAGGUAAAGGUGACGGAAUGGGACAGAACGAUGAGAGUCAGGUAAUUGAUGACUCUUUGCGUGAAGGAGCCGUUAAAAUUGUGAUGGCAUUGUUGGAUGUAGAUGACGAUACCAGGAUCACUCGCAAGGAAUAUCUAGCAUUUGCAGCCAAUGGGAACAAACUUGCCGAUCUUGGAGUUGGUGUGGGACAUCAUGGUGAUUUCGAAACUGAAUAUGAGAUGCAUCAUUGGAACCAGUACCACAAGGAUCAAGAUCCGGACAUCAAGAACGUUCACAAGGAAGAUGUCGAGCAUGAGUUGCUACACCACGAACAUGAGGUAGAAGCGGCUGAAAAUGGACCUGUAGGUGCAGCAAAGGGUGCCGUAAUCACUGAUGAUGAAAUGGAGAGCAGAAUUGAGCAAGACAGGAUACCCAAGAAAUUUAGAGCCAAUUAA